GGAGACACGUCCCGAGCCGCUCCGAUGCGCGCGACACCAGUGGGAAUAUUGUUCCUCGGAUUUGUGACGCUCGCGCACACCGAGGAAUGUGGAGUUAACGGGAAGCCCAAGUGCGACUGCAGUGUAGUCAAAGGAGAAAAGGGUGAGCAAGGCUUUCCAGGUCUGAUUGGAUCACAAGGGGAAGAUGGAUUUUCAGGAGAUGAAGGCCAACCUGGACCCCCGGGCUUCAUGGGUGACCCAGGAAUACAAGGUUUACCAGGACCGAAAGGCUCACGGGGACUCCCUGGGAAGCCAGGAUCCUGGGGUUCUGCAGGAAUACCUGGACUCCCAGGAGAUGAAGGCCCUCAAGGACCUCCUGGUAGCCCGGGAUGCAAUGGCACAAAGGGUGAACGUGGUUCACCUGGACUUCCAGGACUUCCAGGAGAUGUCGGCUUACAGGGUGAAAAUGGUCCCCCUGGCCCUAAGGGAGACACAUACUCCUUCCCAUAUCCUAAAGAUGUGACUGGAGAAAAAGGUUUGCCAGGUAGAGAUGGGCCAAAGGGUGAGCCUGGACAACAAGGUGACUGUGGACCAAUGGGACCAAUGGGACGUGUGGGACUUGAAGGUAAAAGAGGAUACCCUGGCGUUCCAGGAGAAAAGGGUGUAAAGGGAUCCAGUAUGAUUGGCCCCCGAGGUGCAAAAGGCGUGAGAGGUUUUCCUGGCAUACCUGGUGACAGGGGUGUCAUACUAUUUCUCGAAGUACACAGAGAGCUCAAAGGAGAACCAGGGGAUCCGGGACACAGAGGCAACUCUGGAAUUCCAGGCGAUCGAGGACUUUAUGGCCCUAAAGGACAGAAAGGAUGCACAGGAGAUCCAGGACCACUGGGGGAAGAUGGGGCAAACGGGCUGGAGGGAGAGUACGGUCUGAACGGCUCUCCUGGUGACAAGGGAUAUAGGGGGCCUCCUGGGAUCCCUGGUUUAAAGGGGGAGAAAGGUGACUGUGGUUGCCCUGGUCCUCCGGGAGAAUGUCUUCCACGCAAUACACCCGAGAAAGGCCAACGAGGACAUAAGGGCUUCCCUGGACCUCCUGGCCUUACAGGGUUUCAGGGUGUAAGUGGCUUUCCUGGAAAAACAGGCAUUCCAGGAGUAGGUACACCUGGAAAGUUUGGGGAUCCUGGUCCCCCAGGCUUAAGUGGAAUUAAGGGUGAAAAGGGAGAAUCAGCAUCUCAAACAGUAGGACCAAUAGGACGUGAUGGACCUCGGGGACAACCUGGACCUUAUGGUGACCCUGGUCCUGAAGGACAACCAGGAAUAUGUCAGGGCCCACCGGGGUUGAGAGGAAAGAAAGGCAUGCAAGGGCCUGUGGGUGAAACUGGAGAACAUGGGGAACAAGGUGAGAAAGGAGACCUCUGCAGACUAUGCCCUUUUUCACACCCUACACGUGCACAUCCAGGGCCACCUGGUAUACGUGGUCCAACUGGAAAGCCAGGUGCUAAUGGAAAAUCUGGCAACAAAGGAUCAAUGGGUAUUAAAGGGCAGGAAGGUGCACCUGGCAAUCCGGGUUUGAUUGGUGCUCCGGGCAGUCAAGGGAAACAGGGACCAAAAGGAGACCCUGGCUUUGUAGGAGCUGGGGCUAUUGGGGACCAAGGUGAUCCAGGAUUUCAGGGGCUCCCAGGGAAGAAUGGACAGAAUGGGAUACCGGGAAGACCAGGAUUUAAAGGCCCAAGGGGAGACAAGGGAAAUCCGGGCCCUUUUGGGGCUAAAGGCGAUAAGGGCGAGUCUGGAUCAAAGGGAUUACCAGGAAUCCCUGGUGAAACGGGAUUUCAGGGCUGCCCUGGAGUUGGAGCAACAGGGGAACCUGGUGACAAGGGCAGCUUUGGUGUACGUGGCCUGCCAGGGAAUCCUGGAGAUCCAGGUGAGAAAGGUGGCCCUGGUUUGGUGAUCAUAACACCUGGAGAUCCAGGGAAGUGUGGAACAAAGGGUCUUAAAGGUCCACCUGGGGAACCAGGGUGUCUGGGACCCAAAGGGUUAUGUGGGCAACCAGGACCUUGUGGUAUAAAAGGCGAAAAUGGAUUGUCACAACUGGGUUUACAAGGACCGCCUGGUUGUAAAGGUGAAAAAGGCAUUCAAGGUCAUCAAGGUCCACCUGGCAUUGGAGAACCUGGUAGUCCAGGACCCACAGGACAAUGUGGAAUACCAGGGUUAAAGGGCAAUAGUGGUUAUGGAAAUCCAGGGCCCACUGGCAGGCAAGGGCCUCCAGGGGAUGAUGGGACAAUUGGGCCUAUUGGUGAAUCAGGUUGUAAUGGAAUCGCUGGAGUUUUUGGACAGCCAGGGAGAGCUGGAUGCCCAGGGCCUAGGGGUGACACAGGAUAUGAUGGACCUCCAGGGGUGACUGGUCCAGCAGGAGUCUGUACUUCUGGGUGGCCAGGUACAACAGGAGUCCAAGGUCAGCAAGGAAUGCCUGGAAUUACAGGAUGUCGGGGUCAGAAAGGUAUGCAGGGUGAGUCCGGAUAUCAGGGGCAAGGUUUACCUGGUUCUGCUGGGACGUUUGGGGCACCUGGUUUAAAUGGACAAGCUGGUCCACCUGGUCUAGCCGGACCAAAGGGAUUGAAGGGGAAUAAUGGCAUGCCUGGUGGCACAGGCCCACGGGGGAACGACGGGCCUCCCGGCCAACCUGGAUGUCCUGGACCUUCUGGAAGCCCUGGAUGUCCUGGACCACCUGGGUCUAAAGGUAUAGCUGGCAGUGAUGGCCUACCAGGUUGCAGAGGUCCACGAGGCCAGAAAGGGAAUCGGGGAGAUCCAGGUCCUAAAGGAGACCCGCAAACUGUCUACAAUCCUGGCGACCUAGGAGACCCCGGAUGCAUAGGUCCUUCUGGUCUGACUGGGCUUAAAGGGGACAGUGGAACCAAGGGCCCAACUGGCAGAUAUGGGCAACAUGGAUCACAAGGCAGCCCUGGUCCACCGGGUCCUCCUGGAGAACGAGGCCGGGAUGGCUUACCAGGUGAGCCUGGUGUCGAUGGCUAUGUUGGAGAAGUUGGACUUUCGGGUCCCCCAGGUCCCAAAGGUGCCAAGGGGACACCUGGUCAAAAUGGAACACCAGGAGACCCUGGUACUCUAGGCGUAAAUGGCCCAAAAGGGGACAAAGGUGAACCAAGUUCUCCUGGACCAGGAGAGCAAGGACACCCUGGAGAGAAGGGUGAGCCAGGCAUACAAGGCCUUAAUGGAAAGAAAGGAGAAAGAGGAAGCAUUGGCCCUGUUGGUGUUCCAGGAUCAGAAGGGAUUUGCAGCGUGGUUGGCGAGACAGGACUACCAGGACAACCAGGACCCCCAGGAUUUCCUGGAGAAAAAGGUUUAGAUGGACAGCCAGGCCCCCUAGGUUGUCCGGGACCAAUAGGCCCACCAGGUUGUUCUGGGUCACCGGGCGAUCCGGGUCCUCAAGGUCUUAAAGGAAACCAGGGCAGCGACGGCAUUCCCGGACUAGCUGGAGAAAAAGGGAAUGCAGGAGCUCCUGGAUAUGGACCUCCAGGGCCAGCUGGUGCCAGAGGUAAACCAGGUUGUAAAGGGGAACCAGGAGCCAUGGGGGAAACUGGGCCUCCAGGACAAUGUGGUACAGUAGGAGACCCAGGGCCCUGUGGUGAACCAGGGCCACCAGGACCCCCUGGGAAUCCUGGUGCGCAGGGUUUGUGCGUGGAUGGCCCCAAGGGAGAGCGAGGACCUCCUGGACAACCAGGACCACAAGGGCCAAGAGGGAUAUAUGGUCCCCCAGGACAACCUGGUCUAGGCUUUAAGGGAGAUAAGGGCAACACUGGGACUUCUGGACCACGCGGAGUGUGUGGUUGCCCAGGAGACACUGGUCCACGAGGGUUUCCAGGUUAUGCUGGGAGCGAUGGUUUCCCUGGUCCCAAAGGAGAAACAGGACAAAAGGGUGCAACUGGAUCUCGAGGUCAAAGAGGAAGGGAUGGCUCACAUGGCCAACCAGGAUAUCAAGGAGAAAAAGGGCCAAAUGGACCACCAGGUGUACCAGGGGCGGAUGAUUACUACAAAAACACGCUUAUUCCCGGAGACCGUGGUCUGCCUGGAGCUCCAGGAAAGAGUGGACCUCCUGGAGUAACCGGUUCACCAGGACUUAAAGGGGCAACAGGAGCCCCUGGCCCUAAAGGACUUCCUGGCCAAGAUGGGUUCCCUGGUCCUCAAGGUUUACCUGGACAGAAAGGGAGCAGAGGAUUAGCAGGGUUGCCAGGAGAUUUGGGUUUUACUGGUGAAGAUGGUCAGAAGGGUUCCAGGGGUCCACCAGGACCCUGCUUGGCCAACAAUGCCAGAGAUAGCUUCCUGUUCACCAAGCACAGUCAGACACAAGACAUCCCUUAUUGCCCUAGUGGAUCCAGUAAAGUCUACUCUGGGUACUCACUCCUUUUUAUCAACGCCAACAAACGGGGACACGGCCAAGAUCUUGGCACUAUGGGGAGCUGUCUACAGAUGUUCUCCACCAUGCCAUUCCUUUUCUGUAAUAGCGAUAAUGUCUGUCGCUAUGCCUCCCGAAACGACUACUCCUAUUGGCUGUCCACUGGCACACCCAUGCCCAGUGACCUGCCCUCAAUCUCAGGUGAUACCCUGGCGCAGUAUGUUAGCAGGUGCUCAGUAUGUGACGCUCCAGGUAACGUGAUAGCGUUUCACAGCCAGAAUAAUACAGUCCCGUCAUGCCCCAUCGGAUGGCGGUCUCUGUGGCAAGGCUACUCUUAUGUCAUGCAAUCAGGUGUGGGUUCCGAGGGCUCGGGUCAGCCCCUGUCCUCUCCUGGAUCCUGUCUGGAGAAUUUCCAGAGGAUUCCCUUUAUCGAGUGUCUUGGCCGUGGUACUUGUAACUACUACUCAGAUGCCUACAGCUACUGGCUGGCCGCUCUGGAUCCUAGCCAGAUGUUCAGUAAACCAUCCCCGCAGAUAGUAAAAGAAGACUACCCGAGCAUCAUCAGUCGCUGUCAGGUGUGCAUGAAGGAGCCGUCUUGUAAUCAGUCAUCCUGAGCUUCAGAGAACUUUUAUUCAGCCGACGUUGAGACGGAACUUUGUCCUUGAACUUUGACUUUUCCCACUCUAAAUCCUAUUUCUGAGGUCUUCAAGAAGGUUCUUGAAGGAUGGAAAACAAAUGUAGUAACUAAUGGACUAAUUUACAGAAUGUUUCGGGAACUUUUGAACUAAUAACCCAUAUGUGCUAUGCUUUCUAACUUAGUGCGGAUGUAAACGUGGCACGUGGGGAUGUUGUUCUCUAGAACUAAGUGCAACAGUAAUGACUACGAACAACACCCUGUGAACAACACCCAGGGGACCCCCCGAUGAAAGGACACAAAUUCGUAGACACAACGAAAAGCCAGAGACGCAUGUUCCCAAUAAACACAAAUGCCUUUUAAUUUUUCAACGAGCAACCGGAACUCGCUCAGCAAGACUAGCCCUGUGUUUGUAGUAGGGGUGCAUGGUAUACCGGUACUACGGUAGCAUCUCGAUGCAAAAGCUUCAAAAUACCGCCGAUGCCACUGUUUUUUUUAAACGGUAGUAUCGUUAAUACGGUAGCACCGUAAGUAAUGUUGUACGUGCGGCAGUUUUGCUAAAAUGACACAUCUCACAGAUUGUGCAGAAUACACAAAGGUUAGUGACUCUUCAUUUAGCCUAAAUUCUUUACCUUUAUCUUUAAAGAUUUCCUGUUUGCUACCAAGCGAGCUAACGUUAUGCUAACCGCUGUGUCUAAAUAAUAAAAUUAGCCGUGUUUGCUACCAAGCGAGCUAACGUUAUGCUAACCACUGUGCCUAAAUAAAAAAAUUUGCCGUGUUACCUACCAAGCGAGCUAACGUUAUGCUAACUGCGAUGUCUAAAUAAUAAAAUUAGCCGUGUUUGCUACCAAGCGAGCUAACGUUAUGCUAACCGCUGUGUCUAAAUAAAAAAAUUUGCCGUGUUACCUACCAAGCGAGCUAACGUUAUGCUAACCACUGUGCCUAAAUAAAAAAAUUUGCCAUGUUACCUACCAAGCGAGCUAACGUUAUGCUAACUGUGAUGUCUAAAUAAUAAAAUUAGCCGUGUUUGCUACCAAGCGAGCUAACGUUAUGCUAACCGCUGUGUCUAAAUAAAAAAAUUUGCCGUGUUACCUACCAAGCGAGCUAACGUUAUGCUAACCACUGUGCCUAAAUAAAAAAAUUUGCCGUGUUACCUACCAAGCGAGCUAACGUUAUGCUAACCACUGUGCCUAAAUAAAAAAAUUUGCCGUGUUACCUACCAAGCGAGCUAACGUUAUGCUAACCACUGUGCCUAAAUAAAAAAAUUUGCCAUGUUACCUACCAAGCGAGCUAACGUUAUGCUAACUGUGAUGUCUAAAUAAUAAAAUUAGCCGUGUUUGCUACCAAGCGAGCUAACGUUAUGCUAACCGCUGUGUCUAAAUAAAAAAAUUUGCCGUGUUACCUACCAAGCGAGCUAACGUUAUGCUAACCACUGUGCCUAAAUAAAAAAAUUUGCCGUGUUACCUACCAAGCGAGCUAACGUUAUGCUAACCACUGUGCCUAAAUAAAAAAAUUUGCCGUGUUACCUACCAAGCGAGCUAACGUUAUGCUAACCACUGUGCCUAAAUAAAAAAAUUUGCCAUGUUACCUACCAAGCGAGCUAACGUUACGCUAACCGCUGUGUGUAAAUAAUUAAAUUAGCCAUGUUUGCUACCAAGUGAGCUAACGUUAUGCUAACCGCUGUGUGUAAAUAAUAAAAUUCACUGUGUUUGCUAUCAAACGAGUUAACGUUAUGCCAACCGCUAUGUGUAAAUAAUUAAAUUAGCCAUGUUUGCUGGAAAGCGAGCUAACAUUCCCAAUUUUAUGAUUUAUUUUUUGGAGGUCAUUUCCGAAUUUAAACUCUGAGGACAAUUUCCAUUUGCAUUGUUCUUGAGUUUUUCCCAGUAGCCAGUUAUUUAUUCUCAUUUAAUAACGUAUUCAGAGGAAAAUCUGGUUUGUCUGUUUUCAUUUAUAUCGAUGUAUUUCUGUAAAUUUGCUUUUUUUUGUAGACUUGAAUUUAUGAAUUAACACAAUAUCGUGUGGUAUCGUGAUACUUCAGCUGGUAUAGUUUCAUAAGAUAUGUUUAUGGUCAUUUGUAGCGACAGUAAAAUAAAGUUUACAAAGUUUACGUUCUCGUUUCAGGCUCCACUCGCAUGUUAAAUAUGUUUUGUAUUAAGAAUUGUACUUCUGAUGUGUUCCGUUAUUGUGGCGCUCAGAAUUACAUUGCAAAAUAAAUCUUGGACGCUACUGAG